AUGCAUGGAUACGCUCCCUUAGAUGAUUUAAACUUCUGCGCCUAUCAAAAAUGCGAAUAUCAAGUGAUAGGUGCUGGAUGUUUAAAGAUAUCCGAAGUAUUCAAUGGGUCUGUUUCUUAUCUACUGGGAAUUCACUCCGAUCUUCUGUUCCAGAAACGAGUUGAGACCCUAUUCGUUGAUACUGAAUUACAGAUAAGAGUGUUUAUCGCUCCGAAAACUUCCGAUUUAUCAGGAGCCUAUGAAGGAACUAUGAUAUCUAAGGAGGCUGUGAAUGUGUCAAUUAUAUCCGUGAAUUUAUUUGAUCCGUGA